GAAAAUCCGGACGUGAAACCGAACCAUUCUACAGCCUACUGCAUCACCUUGCUCCAAACACAGAAGAUCUGGAGGAACAAGAACACAAACUUGCAUCUCUGAUCCAAAAAUGUCCAAACAUGCGAGUUCUCCACCAAAUCCACUCGCACAUCCUCACUCGACCCUUAUCAUUCUCCACCCUCUCCUUCUCUCUCUCCAAAAUCAUCUCCUUUUGUGCUCUCUCUCCUCUCGGCAACCUCCAAUACGCCCAAAAACUACUCUUUCAAACCCCAAAUCCCAACAUUUUCUCUUACAAUUCCCUCAUUAAAGCCUUCUCCCAAUCCCAUAUCCCACCCUCACCCCAAUCUUUUUCCAUUUUCAAAACUUUGAUCAGCAGGGGACACCCAAACCCCAACACUUACACACUUUCAUUUGUUUUGAAAUCCUGCUCCAUGUUACCGGCGCUUUUAGAGGGUUCCCAGGUGCAUUCACGUGUUAUACGAUCUGGCUUUUCAACGAAUUCGUUUUUGCACUGUUCGCUGGUUAACUUCUAUGCGAAAUGUGAGGAGUUUGAGUGUGCGCGGAAGGUGUUUGAUGAAAUGCCUGAGAGAAGUUUGGUUGCUUGGAGUGUUAUGAUUGAUGGGUAUGCUAAAGUUGGCUUGUUUAGUGAAGCAUUGGAGGUGUUUGGGGAUAUGCAAAAGGCCGGUGUUGACCCGGAUGAAGUGGUUAUGGCUACUGUGGUCUCUGCUUGUGGUGGUUUGGGGGCAUUGGAUGUUGGGAGCUGGGUGCAUGCUUAUGUUAAGAAGCGGAAGAUUGCGAUGGAUACGAAGCUUAGUACUGCGCUGCUUAAUAUGUAUGUGAAGUGUGGGUGUGUAGAAAAAGCUAAAGAGGUUUUUGAUGAAAUGGUGAUUAAAGAUUCGAGAGCUUGGAGCUCGAUGAUUGUCGGGUUUGCGGUUCAUGGGCUUGCAGAGGAUGCUUUGAGCACAUUUGCAAGUAUGGAAGAAUCCAAGGUGAAACCGAAUCACGUAGCAUACCUUGGUGUGUUACAAGCAUGUGCCCAUGGUCAGCUAGUCAACGAGGGUCAAAGACACUGGGCUAGCUUGCUCGAGUCGGGAACUCAACCAUCAAUAGAACACUACAGUUGCAUGGUUGACCUGUUUUGCCGGGCCAACUUAUUGCAAGAAGCUUACAUGUUCAUAGAAAACAUGCCCAUUGACCCUGAUCCGGUAAUCUGGCGGACUUUUCUUGUAGCGUGCAAGAAGAACAAGAACAUGGAACAAGGAGAGUUAGUUGGUCAACGACUACUUGAGUUGGAACCGUGUAAUCCAGAUAAUUACGCCCUUUUUUCGAGCUUCUAUGCAGCUUGCUCACAAUGGUCUAAAAUGGGCCAUUUAAGGAAACAAAUGAGGGAUAACGGGCUCAAAACAGUACCAGGAUGCAGCUCCAUAGAAGUUGAUGGAGCCGUACAUGAGUUUGUGUUGGGGGACUGGUCUCACCCUGAGUCAAAGGAGAUAAAGGAAGUGUUGAGUGAUAUUUUGAGACGGGUUGAGUCUUCGGGCCACAAACCGAAUGUCUUGGGUGUGCUUCAUGAUGUGGGUGAUGAAGUGAAAGAGGAAGCUCUUUGUGAGCAUAGUGAAAGAUUAGCCAUUGCCUAUGGGCUAAUGAAGACUCGAGCCCCGGUGGUGAUUCGAGUAGUGAAGAACCUUAGAGUUUGUGACGAUUGCCAUGAAGUGACCAAGAUUAUUAGCAGGGUUUAUGAGCGAGAAAUUGUCGUUAGGGAUAGAGUUCGGUUUCAUAGAUUUGUUGAUGGAGCUUGUUCUUGCAAGGACAUUUGGUGAAGAGAGUAUCUGAUACUUGUUUUUAUGUAUUACAUACGUUCCCGACACUGAACCAGCUAACAUUAUCAAAUAGUACGACCAGUAAAAAAAUCUUGGAUCCGCCCCACUUUAUAUUAUACAAUAGAUAUAAAUAAAGAAUAAUUACAUUGUUGUUCCUUUGGUAA